AUGACUGAUACACCUUUUUCCCCUUCCGGUGGAGCUCCUCGAGCUCCUCUCACCAACACCUAUCCAGCACCGAGUAUAUCUUCUAUUCCUCGUCGCUCUUCCUACGCAUCUGUGCUUUCAGGAACUGCCGCUCUAUCGCCACAGACUAGCACUCCAUUCUCGCAGUUGAACUCCACUUCAUCCUAUCCCCCGCCGUUCCACUCUGACGGCCGCGCAUCGAGGCACUCGGCCGCCGUGGAUGCAGAGAUGCAGAUGAACUCCUCCUGGAUGUUACCCCAACAGGACUCGCUUCCUCCAUACUCGCGGAAGUUCGCGAGCUUCCCGGCUUACGACCCUUUCUUCCAGAACCUCGGCACUUUCUCCGAGCCCUCGUGCUCCUCCUUCACGCCCUCUUAUCUUCGCAACUCCCGGUACAUAUCCCGCCUCGAUGCUGCUCGUCGCACCAAGUCAGCGUCCCAAAGAGAUGCAGCUUCGGUUUCGUCCGUCCAGGGCAACUUGCCCCGGAUCGCGCCUUCUUAUCGAGGGAUGACGUAUGAUAUCAUCGACAGGGAGCCCGUUGGUGACGACGACGACCAUAUCACGCCGCUACCAUCCCGCUGGAGUGACUCGGAUAAAUACCCUGGACUGGAGCUUCCAAAUGAUGGUUUAGAAAUUCGGUACACUGGGCCGCUUGACAAGCAGAGUCAUGUAGCCGCCUCUGUGCGGGCGGAUCACCCCAUGCCGCCGCAAUGCGGGAUCUACUAUUUUGAGAUUACAAUACAUUCCAAACCCAAAGAAGGGGUGAUUGGAAUAGGGUUCUCGAAUCCCAAAGCAUCCGUCGAGCGGCUUCCAGGCUGGGAGCAGGAAUCGUGGGCAUACCAUGGCGAUGAUGGCAAAACAUUCUUUGGAAACGCGUUCAAAGAACUGCGGAACUUGAAAGUCUAUCCGUCUGUUGGGGUGAGGAAGAACCCCUCAAUACAUAUAUCCGCAAAUUUCGGCCAACAGCCAUUUAUGUUUGAUAUUGAUGGAAUGGUCAAGAGCCAGAAGGAAACUAUACAUUCUGACAUUAGCAAAACAAGCAUUGCCAGCAUACAACCGCCGCUGGACGAUACGGCCUUUUUGCAGGAAUUAGUUGCGCAAUUCUUAGCCCAUGAUGGCUAUGUAGAAACUGCCCGAGCAUUCGCAGAGGAAGUUGCCGCCGAGUCGGCCGCGCUAGAGAAUGGCCGCCAGGCCCAGCUCAAGAAGUACGAGGUGGAGGAGGACAUCGAAGCGAUCAACCGGCAGAAAAUUCGAGCCGCUAUUCUCGAGGGGGACAUCGAUAGAGCCCUCAAGUACACCAACGCCUAUUAUGCCAAUGUGCUGCAACAGUACCCUCACAUACACUUCAAACUACGAUGUCGAAAGUUCCUAGAGAUGAUGCGGCGGUGCACUGAGCUAUCAUCGUCUGCGAAAAAAGGAAAGGCUACUAAUGGAUUCUCCGAUACGGCCGUAUUCGACGAAGAGAUGGAGCUAGAUGACCAGAUGCAAGACCAAAAUGGUUGGGAAGCUGAUGGAAUGGACAUGGAAGAGACUGAGACUGCCACCAAGUCGAACGAGCUUCUGACAGGGGCGGUGCAGUAUGGGCAGCAGCUACGUAUGGACUAUCCGAACGACGAGAACGGAGGUGACAAGAAGAUGCUGGACGACAUCUUUUCAUUGGUGGCUUAUCCAGACCCUAAACGGUCGGUGCAUGGCCAUUACCUGGAUCCGGCUGGGCGCAUCGCCGUAGCAGAAGAGCUGAACUCGGCGAUUUUAGGUACCGCCCACAUCUUCCCCCUCGCGAGUUAUACAGGCUAA